CACGUUUGCGAGGUGUCCAUGAUGGACUGUUCACCGGACAAAUCGACGCUGUAGAUACUCUUAAUGCCACGUACAGGGUGACUUUUGACAGGGCAGGUCUUGGAACACACACGGUCCCAGAUUAUGAAGUUCUUAGUAACGAACCUCAUGAAACCAUGCCAAUCGCUGCCUUUGGACAGAAACAACGGCCUUCAAGGUUCUUCGUGACCCCGCCCCGAUUGCAUUAUACACCUUCGCUCCAGUCUCCAAUUACAGACAAUGACCCUUUAUUGGGACAAUCUUCAUGGAAAAACAAAAUUUCAGGCACAGAUAGUGAAACACUAGGAGGCUUUCCGGUAGAAUUCCUCAUUCAAGUGACCAGGUUAUCGAAAAUCCUUAUGAUCAAGAAGGAACACAUCAAACAAUUGAGAGAGAUGAAUACAGAAGCAGAAAAGCUGAAAUCCUAUUCUAUGCCAAUCAGCAUUGAGUUUCAGAGGAGAUACGCAACCAUUGUUCUAGAUCUAGAACAACUAAACAAAGAUUUAAAUAAAGUUUUGCAUAAAGUUCAACAGUAUUGUUACGAGCUUGCUCCUGACCAAGGCCUUCAGCCUGCAGACCAACCCACAGAUCUGAGGCGUAGAUGUGAAGAGGAGGCUCAGGAGAUCGUCAGGCAAGCAAAUUCCUCAACCACAGGACAGCUUUGUGUUGAAAGUGAAAAUUUAACUGAUCUUAUCUCCAGACUUACAGCAAUAUUACUGCAGAUUAAGUGUCUGGCAGAAGGAGGUGACCUGAAUUCCUUUGAAUUUAAAUCCCUAACAGAUUCAUUAAAUGACAUUAAGAAUUCAAUAGACUCCUCAAAUAUCAGUUGUUUUCAGAAUAACGUUGAGAUCCACGUUGCACACAUUCAGAGUGGGCUGAGCCAGAUGGGAAAUUUACACGCUUUUGCAGCCAAUAACACCAACAGAGACUGAAAAUGUUCUUUCCGGUGUGCAGCAAGGAGUUCGGGGAAAAUCCUCUUCCUUUACAUAGGCUUCACCAAAUAUCCUAACUGCCAGAAAAUAAGGGAAAAGAAAAAACCUCUUAAAGGACCCUUUUCGAUACAUUAUAUCUGCUUCUUAAGAAAACCAGCAUUACUGGCCCGCGACACAUUAGAUUUCUCCAUUUGUUACUCACAUACGGUAGUUUUGCUAACUGGUAAUCUCUUAGUAAUUGCAUUUAUUAUAACAAACUUGAAAACAGGCUUUCGUAUAAUCGGAACUCAGUUUUUCAAAGUUCAGACGAAUUCCGCGCACCUCUUGCUGCUGGCUCUCCUGGUACAUUAGAAGUGAGAAGAGGAAAUGGCUCACAUCAGUAGCCACACGGCAGGUCUUUGUUGUGUAAAGCUACGCUUCGGCGUAGGAAUCGAGUUGCCCUUUCGGCCUCCUCCAGGUAGCGCGGGGGGCUCGGGUGUCCCCGAUCUAAAGCAGCAGCAGCAGGAUACGGACGGCAGAGAGAAGCUGUAAGCACGUGAGGAUGCUGGGCAGGUCUGUCGAUCAGUCAGCGUCUCGUUUUAACUUAUCGUAACUUAUAGAAAGAGUCUGAUGAAGGAAUAGAAAAUCCUAACUGGUGACUUUCCAGUAAGAGAUUGGUUACAGCUUUUUCCCUUCGCACGGGGCAAAAGAAGCGCUUUAGUUGGUAUUUUAUAUAAAUGACUGAUUAAACUUACUGUUUUUCCAAUUUUUUUGUUUGUUUUGCACAACUUUUAAAUGAGAUUACUGGUUAUCCAACAAUACCCAGCCUAUAUAAAUAUGAAGAUUUUUUUUAAUCGCUGAAGAUAACCGGUGAGGUAAACUGCAAAAACAAAGUGACCACCUGCCUAUGAGUACCUUUGGGAAUGUUAAUCCUGUAAAAAGUGUGUAUUGGUUUGUUUAAAUAGUCUUGUAAAGCUUCUGUGUAAUGUUUCCAGAUAAGGGAUUUUCAGAGAUAGCUGUAGAGAUGGUUUUGAUUCGUUUAGAUGCCUCAUUAAAUGAGGUCUUUUGUAUGUUAAUGUAUAAAGGAUAUGUAAACAGGAUUAUUUUCAAUUUUAAAAUUUUUGUAUAGUUUAAAGAUGCUUCUGUAUUCUGUGUUGGUAUUGUGCCACUGCAAAACUGUAGUGCAGAGUUUCUAUUUAGCUAAACUUGUUCUGUUAAUUAAGAGAAAUGCAUAAAUCUUUUAUUCUCAGCGCAGUUUGUAACUGAAUAAAUUGGCCUAUGAGAGUUGAUAUAUUUCACAAAAA